AUUUUAUUCUUUAGAAAACCAACCACCAUGAGCUCUUCUCCUCCACUGAAGAAGCAGAAGACGUCGGAGUCAGAGCAGAUGGCUAAUGAAGAAUCACAGAAACAGCAAGAGAGCGAUGAUAUACAGCAACAGAUCCCUUCCCAUGCUGGCUUAGAGAUCACCGAUGAGGAACCACAAAAACAGCAAGGGAGCAAUGGCUUGGACGAUUUUCUGUGUGACGACGAGGAGGAUCUGCAGAAGGAUCUUGAGGGUCUCGAUAUCAUUCAGGUGUUGAUUCGUAAUCAACUCCCAGCUCCAUCUGUGACCAGCGUAGAUAGAGAUGUUAGAGCAACUAUCAUCGAUACAAUGAUGAGCUCGGUCGAUGGUGUUGCAUAUCCUCUGGCGAUUCACCUAGCCGUACAUGUCUUCGAUCAUUACUUUGCAUCUGCUUCACAUGCCUUAAACCCUCACACAGUGGCAUCUAGUGCUCUAUCACUAGCAGUGAAACACUUAUAUGGUGUUGAUGUUGGUGCACAAAUGAAAGAUGUCGAGUUUCAAAUACUCAACCCCAUCCACUAUAGACUAAACGCACCAACAACAAAUAAGUUGUUAGAUGCUGUUCUCUCCAAAGGGCCACAUGAUACCACCGUGAUGGAUAGAGAUUGUUCACAGUUCCAGAUCUCCGUUUUAGGAGCAGCGUGCCUGUUUUUGGGACCAAUCUACUUAAACCCAUGUGCUCCGGUAAGGGCUACCUGGGAGUGCGACGCUCAGCGCCUCAGAGAUGCCGUCACUAUCUUGCACGAGCUCUAUGUUGGUAAGCGUCUACCUCAGUGCCGAUAUCAUGAGCUAGUUGCACUUCUGCGAUGCCCAGCCGUGAUCCCCGACAGAUACUUCUAGUGUUACAUCCGAACCAGCAUCAUUGGACACAUAUUGACCCGAUCUUAUACCUUUCGGCUUUUACAUAUUAGCUACAGUUUGUUGUUAUGUCUUCCACUCUCAUAUUGAAAACAAUUUUUCAUGUAUUCUUUUCACAUAUUAGAUACAGUUUGAGAACACUUUGUCAUGUAUUCCUUUC